AUGGAUAUGCUGUCCAAAGCUACAAGGUCUGCUCAGCAAACACUCAUGAUUUGCCCAAAAAGACUUGUCAAGAUUGGAACCAACUUCGGAGAGGCAAAGACGCAGCCGAAGGUGGUUGCCAAGCAUGAGCCAUUUGCGAAUCCAACGUGGCUUCCACCCCCCAACAACAUCAAAAUAAAGUGCAAUGUGUGUUGUACUCUCGCGUUCAAAGAAGAUGCAGGCGCUAAUUCUGGUCGGGCCCUAUACACCGAGUCGCAUUUGGCAAAUUUGAUUGGCGAUAGAGAUGACAAGGGCGACCUGACCUUUGCCAUUGAUAUGGAGCCAUUCAUUGUCGAUGGAAAUCAAUUACUCACCACACAACUGAGAAAUCACGACGCAAACGGUGGAAGAAGGUGGAAGAAAGAACGACUCAAAGAUGCUUCUCUUGGGAUCGGUAUCACCUGUUUCAACUCUGAGGACGCUUCCGAACUACUCUCGGUAGUCGACACCGAUAUUUCGUCCGGUCAGGCUGUCUUCCCGGAGCAGGCUGAGCUCAGAGCGGCCUGGAAGAAACUUCCUGCCUGUCCGGAGUCUCCACUGCCUCUUCGACGAUACUAUCAUGAGUCCGAGGCCCGGCCCAAGCCAGGCGCCUCUAAAAGACUCGAAUAUCUUUUCGACGUGGAUAUCUCAUGGAGCCUUAAGGCCAAGCGAAGUGGGACUCCUCUGGCAAUGUGCAACAACAUCACUCAAACAAUCGAGAGCAAAAAUCUACCGCAACUCCGUCCAAUGGCACAAAAACCAACCAUCUGCCACAUCACCUACGUCUUCGAUGGAGGUGUGAUGGGAACCAGAAGUAUCGCGCGAACGAGACUCAGUUGCGUCUUUUGUCCUGACCGUCUACCUCACGCGACAUUCGACAGGCUGCACUUCCAUUAUCUGAGCCAUCAUGAUCAUUUUACCUUCCAAGUCCAUACGCCAUCAGCGACAAACUCCUCGUGGAUAAUCCGCACAGUGCGAGUUGAACUGUCUCUGCCUAAGUACGAGCGAGCUAGUGAUAACGUAAGCGAUCAACGAGAAAUCACCUGGAUCAAACCAGAUGUCCCAUUCGAUAUGCAACAGUACCUAUCAGAAGGUGGUUUCAAUACCUGGGCUAGCGGUAAACUGUCGGCACCCAAAAUUUCUGCGAAAACGAUCAAACCAAGCUUGAUUAGGAAAGGGAUUGCACGAGCCAAAGGGUCGCCCGCGAAUGGCCAACCACCGACGAGCCGUCCGCUCAAGCCGCCCGAGGAGGUUAAAGAUAUUCCACCAAGAAGGCGUCUAAAGUACACAGUGCCAGACCUCGAAGAAGUCACAUUGUUCCGUGCAGAAUCCAAGCGAAUAAUCGAACCUGGAGAAGUGCUUAGCGAAAGCGAUGCUGAACCGGACGACUCGUGGCUUUGGAUCAGACACAGAAAAGAGGAGUUCCCACAAUUGACUGGUACGGCCAGAGAGUUUGUGACACUAUUUGACGAUCACUUGGUGGAGGAGCCGACGAUCAAUGGGGGCGUGCAACUUUGCGAAUCGAUUGUUCGUUUUGUGAGGAAGUAUGCGUUACUGCUGGGGCAACCACACAUGCUGCAAGAGUUCGAGACCAAACUCAAUCAGCUCAAGAGGAGAAAACUGAUUAGGCAAAACUACAUCGAUUAUUGUUUUGCUCUGAUUGCAAACAAGGGCCAACCUUUACCCAGGCAGGCUGAGAAAGCAAAGGCCGAUAGUGCCUCAGUAAUUGGAGAGGGAUCAAAGGCUGCAGCUAGUCACGUCCUGUCACCGGAUCCCCAAAGGGACCAUAACAGACUGGAUGUGAUCAUGAUCAAUGAUAGUGACGAAGAGACUGGAGCUGAGGUCUCUCCAGCUAUACGUACUUCUGGCCAUCGCGAGCUGGUCCCAGAUCAUCCCGCAACGAAUGGUGUAGCUGGCAAGGCUGGCAAAGCUGACGAUGCCAGCGAGGACGUACACAUGGAGGAUGCCGUCCAUCAUGCGCCGAACACCUGUAUCUGCGGCAAGAUACCUAUGGGCGUCCGCAACGUCAUCACUUGCCAAAACCUCCGUUGCCCACAUUCAGAAUUUCACAUAGCUUGCGUUGGCCUCAAGAAGCGCGAACGCGGUUGGCGGUGCGAAGACUGCAGACCGCUGCCAGUAUCAUGA